GGCUCCGGGUCCCUCCCAUCCUGCGAUGCUCCUCCGCCGCUCUGCCUGCCUGCAGUCUGCCUCUCCCGGAGAAAACAACAUUCCCACACGGAGAAAACUAGCAACCCAGCAGCUCGGCUAUACACCGCUAACACCCAUAGUUUCUAUCGAAAACUGAACGACUGCUGCCUACCUCGGACAAGAUGUACCACUCUAACCACGGUGAGGACUUCCCCAACCUCUGCUUCCAGAUCCAUGGCGGCCCUGCACAGCUGGGCCCAACUGAGUGAAAACAUCGGCAAACAAGCAAAGCUUCAGCAUUUUGCUCCAGCCUCAAUCUGCUGCUAUAGAUCCAGCUCCAUUCUUCCUCCUCUGUGACCAUGGACAGCCCUCCUAAAGUUUCUGGUGAGACCCUGAUCGUGCAUCACAUUCCCCUAGUGCACUGUCAGGUUUCAGGGGGGCGGCAGGGGGGCUGCGGGAGCUCCCUGAAGAGGACCAACCUGUUCAGCUCAUCAGAGAACCUUGGACUGAGCCGCACCACGUCACUACCAGAGAGAGAUGUCCUCCAGAGGGAGGCUCUGAUCUAUAGUAGCCUGAUCCAGACCUCCGGUGGCUCCUCGUCCACCCACGGCGUUGGGAGAGAAAAGAGAGGUGGCGGGAAGGGGGGGAGCACAGCGAGCGAUGAUUCAUCAUUUGCCUCAAGCAACUCAGAGGACCAACUAAUCACAGCUCACACCUUACCCAGAGUCAAACCGAGAAACAGGAAUCCUCUGCGGCGUAAUCCAUUCCUGCUGAACACAGACGAGGAUGAGGAAGAUGAAGAAGAUAGUGACAUCCUCCAUGGUUACCUAGAGGACUCCUCCUUCCACCUCCACAGUGAGACAAACUCCAUGUUGGAUGAUGCGUUGGCUCCCUUUCACUUACAUGACCUUGGAUAUGCGUCUGAGCCCUUCCUGCUGCACUGCUCAGGCAGAGGAAGCAGUGGAGAAUCUUUGAGAGGAGCAGCCUCGGAUCUCUCCAACCAUCUGGAGGACCUGGACAUCCUGGGACUGAACAGAGAGCGCCGACACGGGAGCAGCGGCUCCAACAUGUCCAUGGACUGUGGGGAGCAUGACUGGGUUAAUGAUGAAGAAGAAGAUGAUGAUCAUCCAAUGAGAUGUGGCCAAAGCAGCAAAACAGGUUCUUACUCUUCCAGCUCGUCCAAUCAGCACUGCUCCUGCUGUGCUCUCUCCCAGAACUUCCCGCCACAAUUCCCAGAAACCUUCUCGGAGCCUUUCUCAGAGUUCCAGCAGGGUUACGGCAGCGACUCGUCCUGCAACAGCUCUGAGGGCGUCCUCGUCAACUUCAGUGCCAUUUACAACAAGAUGAACAACAGCAUCCCAGAGAAGCAGCUCCAAUCUGGGCCCACUAACUUCAACAGCUCCACCGACCACUCCUGCACUUCGUCUGUCUCUGACUUACAAGGAAACCAACAGGACACAUCUGGAGGGGCUUUCUACCUGGACCUUCACACCUCCCCGACCGAGCCUCCUUUAUCACAUCAACAACCGUCUUGUUUUUCCAACACCUUCCCCCUUAUCCGAGAACCACACCUCUCCACAUCCUCCACCUGUUCCUGCUCCGUUGAGCACCAGGGACCCCUCGACCUCGACGCCAACUGCAACUCUUUCCACCCUCCUCAUGCAGGGUCCUCUGGUGACCUCGCUUCUUGUCUGCAGAGUCAGGCACGCCUUGUUGUCGCCACCCAGAACUACUACAAGCUGGUCACCUGUGACCUUUCAUCCCAGUCGUCCCCCAGUCCUGCAGGUUCCUCGGUCAACAGCUGCUCCUCAGAGCACAGCAAGGGCAGCCCCACCCCGACUCAGCCCAGCGAGUACUUCUUAUUCAGGCAGCGAGGCGAGGAAGUGGGACUGAAGGAGGAGGACGAAGACGGAGAGUCAUCUCAACGAGAUGAGGAUGAUGAGAAAGCAAAAGAAGAAGAAAAGAGGAAGAAAAAGGGUGAUCAGCAGGACGCCGGAGGGAGUGAAGCUGCCCCUGCCAUCAUUGAAGGACAGGUGUACAUCAACAUUUCUCCUCCUAUGGCUCAACGGAGCAUCUUUGGCGUUGGAGCCCCCUCAGGAAGUCGGCCCCGUUCCCGCAGCUACGAUCGCAACCUGGACAGGUGUCCCUCUCCUCAGCUUGGCUCCCUGGAACGUAUGCUGAGCUGCCCCGUCCGGCUGAGCGAGAGCGCUGCGCAGGCUACUACUCCUCCUCCUCCUCCUCCACGUGUGACCUCCUUCGCAGAGAUUGCCAGGAGCAAACGCAGACAGGGCAGUGCGGGGGGAUCGCCGUUGAUGAAGGCAGCUGCAGACCCCUUUUCCUCCACUUACUCCACUCACUCGCACUCAUCUGUGGAUUUCUCUCCCAUCCUGGAGCAGCGCGUCGAGUCCAUCAGUCCAGUGGUGUCACCUGUUCGUUUCACCAGGUGUUACAGUCAAGGCAGCAUUGAGCAACAACUGGAAGGUGCGAAGGAGAGCCAAACCAAGGCAGAAGGUGCUCUGUCGAGCUCCUCAGAAAGCCCACCAGUGAUCCGUUACAGUAAAGACCAGCGACCCACUUCCCUCCCCAUCCAGCCCUUCACCUUCCACCACCAGUUCAUGUCUAAACCCCCUCAGCCAAAGCCUCUACUGCCACUCCUCACUGGCUACAUCUCUGGAAUGCAGGCUCGCUCCAGUUCGGGCUCAGGUUCCGGUUCUGGAGGUCCUGUUGGUGAGGAAAGUGAAGAAGCUGCUGAGAAUGGGCACAGCUACCAGAGUUCCUGCAGCACUACAGCUCCUACCGAAACACUCCGACCUUCACCUCUGGGGAGCUACUCCCCAGUUCGUCUCCAGGGGGCGCACAGCCCUGGGACGUGUUCUACCUGCACCCCCAGUCCUAAGCCAGCACACAGCCUCUCCUGUCCGCUCUCAGCAGGCCUCAACUCGCUGCACACCCCACCUACUGUUAAACAGGGAAGCGGAUCAGCACCGUUGCCUCCCACGCCUCCACCUCCAUCUCUAGGGGUGAAGAGAGGGGUGGUGCCGCCUACACUGCCUGCUGUGCAGGGACAGUGUUUCCACCAUGGGUCCCUCCAUAACAUACCAGCUCUUCAAACUGACACUCUAAGCCCACUGGGCUGUCUGGACUCUGGAAAACAUGCAGAUAGAAGCAAAGGAUCUGGAACCAGAACUCAAAAUGCACACCACCUCUCCCCCCAGGCUCUAAAAUGGAGAGAGUACCGCCGCCGAAACCCCCUGGGAGUAGAGAGGCCCUCUGGGGGGCACUCUGCUGGUAACAUGGAGCUUAGAAGGGCUGGGGGACCACGCCCUGCCCGACGCAACGUGUUCGAUUUCCCAACAGCUUACUCCGGCCCCUCGCUGGGAUGGCCCUAUGCAGGUCAGUCAGCUAAGCUGCAGCAGAGCUACAGUGACUUCCUGCCGGACUACUUCUCCCUGACAGAGAAGCCACCUGAGGAGUUUUGCCUCUCGCCUGAUGCCUCCACUUCUUCCUCCUGCCUCUCCUCACAGUCCCACAUUUCAGUGGACCUGAUGCAGAAAAGAGGUUUGGUGAAAGCAGUGAACACCGCCGUGGACCUGAUUGUUGCCCACUUUGGUACCAGCAGAGACCCAGAUGUGAAGGCCAAGCUUGGGAACAGCUGGGUCAGUCCCAACGUGGGGCACCUGAUCCUGAAGUAUCUGUGUCCAGCCCUGCGUGACCUGCUGCAGGACGGUCUGAAGGCCUACGUGUUGGACCUCAUCAUUGGACAGCGCCGCUGUCAGCCCUGGAGCGUCGUGGAGGCCUCCACUCAGCUGGGACCGUCCACACGAGUUCUCCACAGCCUGUUCUCAAAGGUGAGCCAGUUCUCGGAGCUGACGAGUCACAACAUGAGGCUGAACGCAUUCAUCUUCGGCCUGCUCAACAUGAAAUCUCUGGAGUUCUGGUUUGAUCAUCUCUACACACAUGAAGAUAUAAUAGCAGCACACUACAGUCCAUGGGGUUUCCUUCCCCUCUCGCAGGGGCCAUGCAAGCCUCUCUUUGAGGAGCUCCUCCUCCUGCUGCAGCCGCUGUCGCUCCUCCCGUUCGACCUCGACCUCCUGUUCGAGCUGCACCUCCUCCAGAAGGGCCAGGAGCAGAUCCGUCGCAAGGAGCAGCUGUGCUCGGCGGGGCAGUCGAGCCGCUCCACCUUCCAGCUUAUGAGGGGAUGGAGCACCACCGUCAGCGAGAUGGUCAGAGACUCGGGCACCGAGGUGAAGAACGAGAGGCCGGGGCUGAGGCGAGAGGGAACGUGGCCAGGAAUGGACAGGGCGGAGUGUUGGAGAGAGGCAGUGGGGAUGGAUCUCUGGAAGGACAGCCCAGUGGAAGGGCAGAGGGUGAAAGGAGUAGGACAAGAAGGAGUGGAUGUAAAGGAGCGGGACAGGAGGAAGGAAAAAGAUCCUGGAGAGGAGAGCCGUCAGCGGGGGAACAAGCAGGCCGGCUGGUGGUACCAGCUCAUGCAGUCCUCCCAGGUCUACAUCGACCAGUCCACAGAGGGCUCGAAGUUUGUGAAGGCUGAGAAAAGGAAGAAAUCGUCAGAGAGACGGCAGAACCAACCUCUGCCCACAAGAGAAGGAGUGGUUGAAGGUGCUGAGUCCAUUUCUGUAGGGGAAAAAGGGGCGAGCAGCAACAGCAGUUCUGGCGCGGACUCAGCUGGAUCCAGAGCAUCCAGGCCUUCGUGGAUGGGCAGCCCCCCUGAGUCUGUUCUCAACCAAGAGAAAGAUAUAAAUGUCGUGGAGGAUUCUGGGUCUGGAGUCCUAGCAUCAUCCCAGGAGGAGAGCCCCUCACAGGGACAGAGUCUGCGCUGGGGCAGGCUCUUCGGUUCCACUGUUGGUUCUCCUCAGAGAGCUGAGGGAGCUGAACUGAGAGUGAAAACCCAAAAGACAAGGCUUCCAUCAGGUUGGCUUGCUUUGGACAGAUCUAUUCUGGACCUCGUAGCUGUGACCAUCGGAGCGGGCGGUGGGAAGAAGGCGGAGCCUCCUACUACAGCGACUCACAGCCAAACGACAGCGACACCGCCAUCGAGGCGUGCAACUGAAACCAAACAGUCGUCUUCAUGUGAAGUCCGAGCGUUGUGCCAUCACAUAGCCACCGAGCCAGGCCAGCUCAGCUUCAACAAGGGCGACAUCCUGCGGGUCCUGAAGAAGGCCGAUCCCGACUGGCUGCUCUGCUCCCUGGGCUCCACGCAGGGUUUGGUUCCCAUCAUUUAUGUGACCCUCAACAGCAUGGAGGACAGUCACAGGGAAACCGGACUCAAGCAGCUCUGAUUAAACUCUGUCUUAGUAAAAGGAAAUAACCCACCAGAGAACAAGCAAAUGGCUGUGGAGAAACGUUUACCUGCCACCCUUUCCUGCUGUACAGUGACUCAAUAAAAACACUAAAAUAUGAGGAGGAUGCACAGAUGUGUGCAAGAUCCAACCACAAACCCAAAAUCAGGGUAACAUCCAGAAAAGAAAGCAUCCAUACAUCCAAGCAAACCCAAAGACUCUGAAACACACACUUCUACUCAACAUGAAGCUGUCCUAAAAGCUUAGCUGUGCUGCCAUUCAGCCUAAAUAUCUCUCAUCUGGGCACAAUGUGAAGGAGGACUCACCGGUAUACUGUCCACCACACCUGACUGCUCUUUGCUGUGCUGAUUAAAUGUUGACCUAGCUGUGCCACAGAAAUGUAGUCAGAAAUCAUCAGAAGAAGACUUUCUUUAAUUAUGUUGCUUAUUAAGCACUAAUUGUUAUUUUUAUUCCAAUGAGACAGAAAAGUAGGAAUUAACUCGAUAAUCCAUUUGUUCUCCAGCUUCAGUAAUUAAGGUGGUUAGACAUAUUUAAUUUGCUUCAGUGGCCAUUUAAACAUUUUUCAUGUCCUGUCUGUCCUGUUGUGUCUCUAACAGAAACAUUUACAGCUGAGAUAAAAAUACUUAGAGGAAACAUUUAAAAACUUAACUUCAGUAAAGUUUUUAAACACAUUUAACUUGCAUGACCCUCCCUCUCUACUGUGCUGCAGGCUAAGCACCCGCUCCCUACAGAGAGGAAACUACAGUCGUAACAAUCCUGUUUUUUUGCUUUGUUUGUCAGACUUUUUUCAGCAAUCUUUUUCCCAAAACAUCCCAGACACUUAUUUUGAAACUUAUUUCACGCCUGUGUUUUACUUUGACAGCAAAGUUGUAGUUUAAGAAGCAUGAAAUCUUGCUUCCUCCUGCAGUGAUCAUGCUUCACCUGAAUCCCCCGGGGACUUCAGGACAAAGCGAGUUGAGUUUUGUGCAUUUAAUCUGCUGGUACACACUGUAAAUGCAUUUAUGGCUCAUUCAUGCAACUUGUAUUUAUUUAUUCAGCUACUUAAAAAACACUUUAAAGUGAACAGAUGCAGAAGGGGUGAAUGUCCAGUGAAGGUCCGUUAGUUUGGGCAUUCUUCAGGAUUGUUGCUACUUUGUGUCAUAUUUUGUAUUUAAAGGGGAAAAUAUCUCAUCUAUGCCUUAAAGUUCUCAUGCGGGAUAAAAGAGACGAUGACCCACCUUAUAUUUGUCCUGACAUCAUAAUAUAUUUUGUAUAUGCUCCGUCUGCUUUGACUUUUGUCUUCUCAGAACGAAUUGUGAAGAUAUCAAAUGGGGAUAUUAAAAGGGAAGGCUGUUUUUGGCCAAGCGUCCUUCGUACCUACGAGCGACCUGACGUUUGAAAUGUAGCCUUUGGUUCAAUAUGACUUAACGAAGGAGACGGUUCCCAACACAAACACAUUCAUGCCAAUUUAUUAAAGAAAUGCAUGCUGGCAUAUUUUUUCUUUUUUUGGAAAAACAUAUCCCUCAAAAAUUCUGCUUUUAUUUCAUUAUGGUACCGUUUUAAUUUCUAACAUUUGUGUUUGAAUUGUAAAUAUAUUUAAACUCUUCAGUGGUCAGUUUUAAGGUUUAUUUUUGCCAUAGAGUUCUACAGUAUGUACGUAUGAAUGUUAUUAAUGAUUUAUCAGUGCAUUUGAUACAGAAAGUAUAAGCUUUAGAUUUAAUGCUAACAAUCUGCGGACUCUAGUCCAUGUUCUCAUGGAGGACGGAUGGUUUGUUGAGGUCAGAGUUCACAUGUAACCGAUAAAUAAACUCAUGGUGGUGAAUAAACUAGAGAUGCAGGAAGGCUCAGGGGUUUAAGACUGAUUUGUUUGAGAAGGAUUGAUGGUCUUUGUCUCGCUGGCUGCCUGUAAAUACCUUCAGCAUCAGUGACACCGCUCUUCUGUCCGUGUCGACCCUAUAUGAUGUAUGACAUUAUCAAACUACUAUGGAUGUUAAAUAACAAAGUGCUCAUGUGAUCACAAACUCA